AAAGUGAUCACCCUCUCUCCUUUUAUAAACGCCGUUAAAUCAAACAGCGCUAAAAUCAUAAACGGAAUGUGGAAGAAGGGUUCAUCGAAGAAAGAAGUGUUGCAGUUACAGGUUGUUGAACCAAAAUCAAGAAAUCCGAUUCGUCGAAAUAAAAGUGACGACGACGACGACGAACAUCCGUAUGCGUUUCAUGUUUCCGGCCCUCGAAAUGUUUCUCCUCUUAACUGGAGGGACCUCCUCUUUUCCACUUGGAAGGACAGCAAUUACAAAAGGACAGUAAUGGCAUGCUUCACACAAGCAGUCUACCUCCUCGAACUCGACCGACAAGAAAACCGAAAUGACGAAUCCGCCCUCGCCCCCAAAUGGUGGGCCCCGUUCAAGUACAAGCUCGUCGAAACACUAACAGACGAAAGAGACGGAUCCAUAUUCGGUGCAAUCCUCGAGUGGGACCGCUCUGCAGCGCUGUCGGAUUUCGUCCUCGUGAGGCCCAACAACGCCCCGAGGGCGGUUUUGUCAUUUCGCGGAACCCUCCUCAAAACUCCGACCAUUAGGCGCGACAUCGAGGAUGAUAUUAGGUACCUAGCGUGGGAGAGCUUGAAGGGCUCGAUUCGAUUCACCUCCGGUUUGAAGGCGUUGAGGAAAAUCUGCGACAAGUACGGUGACGCAAAUAUUUGCGUCGCGGGGCAUUCGUUGGGAGCCGGAUUUGCACUACAAGUUGGGAAGGCGUUGGCCAAAGAAGGGGUGUUUGUGGAAACGCAUUUGUUCAACCCGCCUUCGGUCUCGUUGUCUUCGAGUCUGAAGAAUGUGGGCGAACGAGCGGGCGAACUGUGGAGGAGGGUAGUCUCGGUAAUAAUGAGGCCUCCGGUCGACAGUCAUAGUGAAUCGGUGACGAAUUUGGGAGAGAACAAGAAGAAAUGGGUGCCACAUUUGUACGUGAACGAUAGCGACUACAUUUGUUGCUAUUACACGGAUUUGGAGGGCGAGAAGAAAUUAGCGACAAAUGUUGAGAAGAAAUUAGCGACAAAUAUUUGCGGUGGUGGGGGGAAGAUGUUUGUGUCGUCGAAGGGGAAUCAGAAGUUUGUCGAGGCGCACGGUUUGGAGCAAUGGUGGGCCGAUGAUUUGGAACUGCAAACGGCGGUUAACGAUAGUAAGUUGAUUAGUAGGCAGCUUAAGUGCUUGUAUAGUCUACCGCCUUCGGAGCAAUCGCCGGUGAAGGCUCGAUAAACGAGUGAUUAUAUUAUGAUUAAUCUUGAAAGUAAUUAAUUAUGUACCCUUUAAUUUGUUGAGCUGCUUGUUGUUCACAAUUUUUUCAGGAUUAUAUUAUAUUUCUUAUUCUGCUA